AUGGCCAAGGAAUACAAGAGGGACUCAGACCUGCACCCUGAGGUGGUCACAGCUAUGAGAGUGCACAAUCAUGAUGAUUUCCUCCAUUUGAAUGGUGGUCUUACCUCCACCAACUACCACCUCCUCAGCCUCCUGGUCAUCUGGUUCAGCUCCAGCCUCCUUCUUGACAAUAAUGUCAUCAACUUCCCCUGUGGCCUCGUCCUCCACACGAAUGAUAGCAGCCGCUGUGAAGAGAUUCAGGUCAAAUUGUGGUACUGUAACAAGGGGAGGGGGCAGAGAAAGGCGAGGCUCUCUUGUCACAUCUGUCAGUCAGCCGGCCCAGCCCCGCCCACCUCUGAGGAGGCAUUACAUACUGCUGCUGCUCCUGCUCUUAGCAACCGUGCCUCAGCAACAGAGCCACGGCAACAGAGCUCCACGGCAACAGCGUGCCGUGUCUCCCCAAUGGAGCUGCCAUUGGGCGGACCAGCGCUCAGGCACUACACCCAGAGCAGACCGAGACCUCACCGACAAAAGCUGAACUACCGACCCAGCAGACCGCAGGAGACGAUAUUAGAGAGUGAAAAUGAAGUCCUUGAGCACAUGGGGAGGGUGGAUGAAGGUGUCGAGGAGUUCUUUACUAAAAGAGUACUUCCUACUGAUACACUGAAAAAGCAAGAUGAAGAAACUAUCACAGUGCACGAAGUGGCUCCUGCCAGUUCUGUCCCUUGUCCACCCCAGACCAAAACACUCAGGAGGAAGCUUGGCGAUUUUUUUACUCUCAAAAAGAGACGAGGUCUGAAGUCAGAAACAAGCCAUGAAGGGCGUCCCAAAAAGACCUCCAUCGCGGACCUCAUCCGCCCACUCAGGGAGGUCGCCAGAGCUGAGAAAGACAAAGACAAGGACCGUGUCAAAGAGCACGACAAGGAGAACGAAAAGGAGAAAGCGAAAGAGAAUCCCAGUGCUGGAGAGUCAGCUGUUCAGGAGACACCUGUGUCUGGUGCUCCGCCGCUGAGGGGUGAAGCAGUGCCUCCCCGCCGAGCUCUCAGAGAGGGGAAGUCCCAGUCUCUCAUUCUGCUGUCUGGAUCAGCAGGUGCAGGGACUCCUUAUGGCAAGAACACUGGAAAGAAACAAUUAGAAGGCCAACAUAGCUUUGAACAGAAACUCCAUCUCAUGCUUCAGCGUAUCGGAGUCUCUAAAGCUCAGCCGGGAGAAAUACAGAAUCAGGAGGGAGAGAUGAAAAAAGCAGAAUCUGAAGGAACUAUCAUUGACAGUAAGCCUGAGCCACCACCUACUUUCACAAAACCUCGAACCAUGUCUGCAUCAUCAGAUACAAGGCAUCAAAUGCGCCCAAGUGUGUCAGCACAUGAGUCUGCUGGGAAACCUGCUUUGCUUCCAAAGCCGGUCAUCAAGCCAGGUCCACCACCCACUACAUCCGGCCGCAACACACCAGAAAACGAGCUUGCGCAAAUACAGGAAGCAGAGUCCAACACACCCAUCAAACAGAGUUCAGCCAAAUCUCCCCCUGCUACCCCUGACAUCACUGCUACUACUACCAUACCUACUGUACCGACAAUCUCAAACUCGGUUCCUGACUCGGCCGAUUUGACAGUUUCCCCUUCAAGUACUGUACCGCCCUCGGACACAGAUAUAUGCACCAGCUCUGUUCACACUCUUACAGCAGCUACCACAACCACUGAUGUAACAGAGCCUGAAAGCAAACCCUCCAUACCUGAAGCUUAUGCUAAUGCUCCUGAAAUACCCACUUCCACUAGCACUGCUACACCAAUAGAGCCCUCCACUUCUGUCUCAGUUACUUCCAUUUCCUCUGAGCCCAUUACUACUCUGAGCCUCUCCACAACUUCCAGUUCAACCACUACGCCUUCCAUCUCCACCUCUGAAACUGUUUCUGCUCCCAGCAAUGAGAAUCAGGUUUCCACAGGAUCAAGAGAUCUGCAAACUGAAGCGGGCAUUGUCUCAGUUGAUUCUACACCUGCUGCUAGUGUGGAUGCAGCUGUAUCUGCCACCACCACGGCUCCAUCACCCUCCACCUGCACAUCAGAUACACCACCAGUUUUGUCUACUUGCACCAAUUUAAUUACUGCAGCUAGUGUUGAUCUCACUUCAGGCACCUCUGCUAGCUGUGCAUUGGUAGCUUCACCAGUUGCUGAAAAAUCUCCACCUCCUGAGUCAAAUGAUACCAUCACCUCUCCAGUUUCACCUGAUGCCUCCAUUUCUUCUUCCCCCCUCCUGAUCUCUUCUGACCUUCCACCCACCACCACAACUGCCACCAUUACAAGCCCAAUAUCCACUGACUACAUGGACUUAAACUCUACUUCUACCAUUACUCAGCCAGCCACCUCUAGCCCUCCUGAUCUGUCUAUUCCCUCCACGUCAUCCACUGAAACAAACCCCACAGACACCACCACCACCACCACCAUCAGUAUAAACCACUCAGAUUCCACUUCCACCUUCAGUUCAGCAGCCACAGCUGCAAUUAGUUCACCACCUACGACUGACUCAGAUCCACCUUACUCUAACAGUGUGAGCACUACCCUCACACCAACUAUCUCUGACCUCUCCACCACUGAUAACUCAAAUGCUGCUUCUCACCAUCUGACCGCUCCAGUUCCUUCUAAAGAUAGUCCAGGCCCAGAUAAAGACUCACACACAUCUUCUGAAGAUGGAACCAGUGUAGAGCUGGCAGAGAAGGAUAAAGCAGAUGAGGGACAUGAGAUGGUACAAAAGAGUGAGGAAACCAAGAUGGAUGACAGCCAGAAAGUCAUUGAUGGUGCCAAGGAGAGCGAGGAUGAAAAUGAGAAAAAACCUAUGGUCAACAAUGAAAUGAUGAGUGAAGAAGUGCAAGAACAAGGUGUGAAAACUCAAGAGGACACAGUAAAAACAGAAGUGGGAAUGGCUGAGCCUGCAUUAGGGAAAGAUGUCAAUGAGUCACGGAUAGAUGUUCAAAAACAAGAAGAAACCAAGUCAGUGGUUGAGAAGUAAUCAAAAAAUCAUGAUGUUGCUAAAAACGGGACCAACUACUGUGACAGGGGCAGGAGAGACCACAGUAAAGGGUAAAAUGAGGGGAGAUGAUCCAUGGCACUUCCUACAGGGACCACCACAUACAGCAGCACACCACAAAAGGGUGGGCCACUGGACCAAAGAACUGAGAUCCCUUUGGUGUUAUGUAAUCAACAAAUCCAGCAGUGUCUUUGUCCUUUUUUAACUUCUGUUUAAUUUUUGCAUUGCACGUAUGAUUAUGUACCAUAAGACAACUACUGUGGUAAAAUACACAAUGUUUACAAUAGAUGGA